CCUCCGGUUAUAUUAUCAUGUAGCACUACAUCUCGGACGUGAUUUGAGAUAAAUUCAACAGAGCAGUUCCUUAUCUAAAGAGUAAUAUUUGAUUUAUUUUCAACAAAGAUUAACAUGAUUUCGUAUGUUAGGCCAGAAUAAUGUUUCCCGAAGGUUUGUGACUCAAUAUAAUUAAUUGAGAGUCGCGUAGCAAAGCGAACAGAGUAUUAUUUGACUAGCCGCUAGCUAACCACUGUGCGUCUGUAAAAUCGCUCCUUCAGUACGCUGGCUGACCGCGUCGCGGUUUUAGUUUUACUUCAAACAUGACCGGGUUGGGCAGCAGGUUGUUCUACAAGGUCGGGAAGCUUUGCGAGCAGCUCCCCGUGUUCCUCAACACCUUCCUGGUGUUCUCCAUCACCGGGGAGGUGAGCUACCUGGUGCUGGUGGGGGCUCCGCUGAAGGCGGAGCAGCAGAAGACGGCGUGGUCCUCCUGGUGGAAGGCGCUGCACCUGCUGGGCCAGUACUACAUGCUGGGAAACAUCUGCUGGAACGCUUUCCUCUUCUUGAAAGUCAGCCCCAGCAUCAAGGGGGUGUUUCUGGGAGGAAAUGGACUGGGCCAGGGCUGGAGGUACUGUUACACGUGCGAGACACACACGCCUCCUCGCUGCUCCCACUGCUACGACUGCAAGGUGUGCGUUCUGCGGCGGGAUCACCACUGCGUCUUCUUCGGCCAGUGUGUCGGCUUCCGCAACUACCGCUACUUCGUGUGCUGCUUGUUGUUCAUGUGGUUGGGUCUCCUCUACGCCAUGGUGAUGAAUGCUGAGGUCUUCAUCGUUAUUCUGAAGGAGGGCGUGACUCUGCACAGCAUCCUGCUGCUGCUCAUACCGUGGAUCAUGCUUGUUUCAGGCCAAGUUUCAGCCCGGGCCUUCACCUUUGCCUUUAUCGCUGACACCUGCGUUGUAGGUUUCCUGCUCGUCUCCGCCUUCUUUUUCUUCCACCUGUUCUUGCUGUUUCGAGGGCAGACCACCAGGGAAUGGUACUCUUCUCGCCGCCCCUAUAACCUGGGUCUUGUUAACAACCUGCGGCACAUGCUGGGCCUCCGCUGGUACAUCUGCUGGCUCUCCCCGCUCAUCCCAUCACCGCUUGUUGGAGACGGGAUAAACUUCCAGGUCACAGGAUCGCUGGAACCCUGCCAGUAACAUCCAGAAGUCUGGACAGAGUCUGAGUCUUUAGUGGUGAUGGUUUAUGCUGACAGGAGCAGCAGCCGGAACAUUACCUCGGUUUAAGAGGAGGUAGCUUUGGAUGGGAUGCUGCUUAGACGCUUGGUGGUGGUCUUAUCGUUUGAAAUUAUUCAUCAGCCUAUUAAUUGCGCUGAGAAGGUAAAUCAGGGGUCGACCUGAAAAUGGUAUCUGCACCGGUUAAGGCUAACCUCAGAUACUUACUCAAUUCUGUACAACACUGAGCACUGAACAUAUAUUUAAAACAGCACUGAAGUAAGAAUGUACUGUAUCAAUGAUUAAAAGUAAAUGUAGAAUAUUAAAUCUUUCUUAGAAGGCACUUGCAACUCACAAAUGUGGUGAUGUAGUUUAACUUUGAGUGGACUUUUUCCUAAAGACCUAAGCUGCCUAAAUCAGUUUCACUCAGAUUUGUUUUGCACUUUUCCUGAUUAAACUCCAGGAUAUUCUUCAUCCACUUCUGAGCUGCUGCUGAAUAUAAUCACAGGCCUUUAGUGGGGGCUGUUUCAAGCUGAACAAAAAUAUCUAUAUUGAAGAUGCACGAUCGGAUUCAGGUAAAGUUUCAGCUUGGCCAGCCUUAAAAAAUGAUUAUAAACUCAAAAUUUUCAUCGUUUUUGUGAUGUGUAAACACGAGCUGCACUAAGCAGAUUACUCUUCAGUCUGCAGAAGUCUAACAGGUAUUUUUAAUAACAUCAAGGUGUUUAAUGUAAAAGCAGAGGGAAACAACAACACGUAAGAAGUUAAUUUGAAGGAAACUAUUUUCUGUGACACGUUAAAACUUUGGUGGUGUUUACUUAGGCUGUAAGAGAGAAAAAAAUUCCUUCACCUCAUAACAAGAAGGCUGAGCAAUUGUGCAUUUUUUUAUUUUUUUUAGCUUUUCCAUACAGUGGCUUUUUUCAGCCUCUGUUAGGGAACCUGCUGGAUUUAGAAAUUUUGUCUGCCUUUUGUAAAUCUUAGUUAAGAUGAGGUUUUGCAUUCUCUAGGGAAUACAGACAGAGACAGUCAUUUAUACUAACUGUGCUAAUCGCUAAUAUAUGAUGCUAAAGAUGGUUUUAAAUGUCAACUUUGUAAUCACUUUGUCUUGGUUUGAAGGUCCUGUCCACAUUUGUUAAUUAAUUGUUUUUCUGCUCUUUUUGUACCCUCUUUCAUAUUUAAUUAUAUUUCUUGGUGGCAAAAACAUUCAGACAGGAUAUCAGGAGAUAUUUUAAAUAUAAAUUAUGAUUAAAACCCACUUUGCACUUGCCCACACUCUUUUUCUGUGCUAGCAACCACAAGGAAAAUGGAGCGUUUUUGUAGGUUAUUUAACAUUUGUCUCAAUUUGCCCUGACUUGGUUUCUGUUCAAUUACUUGUGUAAACUAAUAUGUACACAACCUAAUUCAUGUCAUGUAUAUUGUGCCAAAACCAUAGAGAUUAAAACGAUGGAGUUUUGUGUAGCUGAUCCUUAAAAUAAUAGUAAAAACUCUGCUUUACAAGAACUCCUCACACAAUCGGACAUCAACUCUGAUGUUAAAAUAAAAGAAAAUCAAUGACCAGUCACUGUAAAAAGGGUAUAAGAAACAUUUUCAUUAUAGCUCUUAAAGAGAAGUCAGAAUUGGCUAAAAUUGUUAUCGGUAGGUCAAAGUUUGAUCAGAAAUACUAGUGGUGCAUCUCUGACUUUCACAUUUAUUCAAAAAUUCUCUGACAGAGUGUCAUUUUUUUUGUUUACAGAUUGAUGUCACAUAAGGUCAUCUAACAAAUCCAGUAUUUAAAAUGAUUGUAUUACAGUGGUGUGUCAACAGUUUGUUUCAUAGUUUCUAAUUUGUUAGUGUUUCUGGCUGUCAGGGACUUGAGCAGCAUUGUGUCAUUGUACCAUUCCCUUCUGCAACAGCAAACUGAUCUUUAUAACUUCCUUCCUUUGCAAGGUGACAGUUCCUAUCUUAAUCUUUGAAUCAGUCUCUUUAUGGUUGAUUUUUUUUUAAGUAUUGUGGAGGCUGAUAAUUUCAGCAUGUUAUCUCCUAUGGUGCCCUGUUUCAGUCCAGUAUGUAGAAUUGCCCUUGGACCGUGCUAACAUGUCUUACUGCACUUGAUGCCAGCUUUACUUUCAUUACUUCGCCUGUAUUUUGUAAUUCAAACUCUCCUUGCCUUAAAGUGAAUCAACAAAUCACAAGCCUUGGGUUUGACAGGUUCUUAAGUGUUGGUGAAUCUAGCAAAAACUGUUCAGUUUUAUUUGUAUUAAUUUAAAUUGUUUUGAAAAAGAUUGCUGUUUUUUCUGUUGGGUUUUGUUGUUUAAACGUCCAUCAAACUCUGACUUGAGAUGCUUUGCUGUUUUUAUUAUUUUGUAUCUGCAAAUGUGUUGUGUUGAAAUGUUUACUUGAAAAUUGUUGUUCAGAAAAGUGUUUUCUCCUACUUCUGCUUCAGAGUUUCUCAAAUGUUUGAUUAAAACUAUGGAAAUCAAUGAUA